AUGACUUAUUCCCGAACCCCCCGAAGGGUUCGUGUGCAAUGGCCUCCGGCGCCCUGCGUCGAAGAGGAGCCCCAGUCUCUAUCGAGGGAGCUAGAUGGUCUCUCGAAGCUUGGAGACAAGCCAGGAGCUGAGGGUGUUCAUUUCAGAGGCGCUAUUGACCAGUACCCUAUCUUGGUGUCUGCUACCCCUCCUCCUCCAUCGGUUUCCCCCGACAGCCUGUCAAACGUGCCUGGACUAGGGCAUAUGUCCUCUUCCGAUGAAAGUUUGGGGCCAGCGACGCCCCCGCUCCACGAGCCCGUCAUCCGGAACACAGUCAGGUUCAAGGAUGAAGACGCUCCCACUCCUACUCCUGCCCCUGCUCCUGUGCCUCAAAGAACUGUCAGCCAAUCUAGAAGCCAGUCGACUCGACCUCCACAACCGCAACAACACAAACGAGAGCCCAGUGUGCAAAGGGAAUCCCGACACUCCUCUCACUACCGGGAAAACCCCGCCAGUCGACCCAUAAUGCCAGUCGAGUACGGUUCCCAGGCUCUACGCUCAGAGAGUCCGCCAGAUCGCCCGGCCCCUCGAGCUCCUGUACCUGAGAAGAAGGACCUAGCGCCGCCCAAAUCCUCUCUUGCUCGCUCAAACAGUGCUCGGCCCGCACCCCCAGUGCAGCGACAACUGCCGGAACGCCUUCGCAAUGAGCACGGCUCAGGAUAUCUGUCUGAUUCAGCCACUUCCUCUAGCAAACCACCUGUGCAUCGAUCAGAAGCACCCGUUCAAGCCCCCGUGCCCACGGCUCCAGUGUUACCUGUGCCAAAUGGCCCCACGCUUGCAGACCGCAUAGAGGAGAAGCUUCGACAGCGACAAGAACGACAAGAGCAACGAGAUCCAGGACACGUUUCGGACACUGAGGGACACAAGUCAACCACAGCCGCCAAGAUCUCCAACAUUGCCAUCCCAAUCUUGUUCCCGCACCCAGCCCCGGCUACAGCACCGCACUCCCCUACACGGGAGAGCCGUGCCCCAAACCAGCGCGUUCAGCAAGAACCACAAACUUCUCGUUUGCGGGCACAAUCGGUCACAGCGCCACCCGCUCGGGCUAUGUCUGAAUGUCGCCCUCCGCCUCCUUCUCGGCCGUUGCCUGAGAUGAUGGAGAAGUCCAAGCUACUUCCAACUCUGGUCCCAGUCCAGCCGGUUUCAGCUCCACCUACCACUGACAGGUCUAUGGUGCAACCUGCUUCUCGGCACACCAGCACAACUCAUUCCAGCCCUGACAGGUCUACAGUCCAAUCCAGCUCUCGGCACCCCAGCGCAACCCGAUCGAGUCCUGAAAGAUCUACCGUUCCAUCUACUGCUUCUCGGCACCCCAGCACAUCUCCCCAGCGCCCUAACUCAACAGGCAUGGGCCUAUCGCCCUGUCCUCGCACCAUUGCAGUUGCCGGCUAUCAAGACUGGUACACAUUGAAAGGUCUGACGCACCUAGACAUCUGUCCAUCAUGCAUGAGUCAGAUCGCGCACUCGCGGUACAGAGAUUUCUUCAUCCCGAGUCUAGCCAAACCAGCAAACCAAAAGACACGCUGCGCGUUCGCCAAUGCCUGGACCCGUCUCGCCUGGGCCCAAAUGAUCAAAAAACAACACGACAGCCUGGAACUGCUAUAUCAAAUGACACGCCCACCACCAGGAAGCCGCGGCUGUCCCGGCCGCAUAGUCGCCGAACAACCCUGGUACAGAGUCUAUGACCCAGAAACCAACAGCGACCUAUCCAACUUCCACGUCUGCAACAGCUGCGUUCGAAACGUCCGCAUCCUCAUGCCCGCCCACCGCGACACAUUCACCCAGAACCCAGAACCAGCAGAACGAAUCUGUGACUUUGUAACUUCGUCGCCACGUUUCGUGAAAUUCAUCGAUCUCCUCGACGCAUCUGCCUCGCGUGCAGAAGCAGACCGUGCCCGUCGUCCAGACACCCGCGAUUUCCUAAGCUACGCCCGUCGCAAGGCUGUUCUUCGUGACUGUCGUCGCGACAGACCAACACUCAGUACAUGGCAUUUCAUCCCAUCUUUGCCAGAGAUGUGUGUCUGCGAAGACUGUUAUGAUGAAGUUGUCUGGCCACUUGCGAGGGUUCAUCGUCCCAUUGCGCGAAUGGUGACAACAUCCAUGCGGAUCUUGCCUGGUGAUGCGCCUGGGCGCACACGUGAAGCAAGCUGUCAGCUUUAUUCGCCGCGGAUGAGGGCUAAGUUCCGGGAGGCGGUUGCAAGGGAUGAUUUGGGGAUGUUGGAAUCUAUUGCUAAGAGGAGGAUUGAGGCUGAGAGGAGAUUCAUGGAUCGUCGGGAAGAGUUGCUUGAGGCUUCUGGGAGAGGGUAUGAUUGUGAUGAGGAGAUGAGGAAGGCUGUUGAUGAGUGGAGGCGGUGGGAGUGA